GUGCUGAGCGCCACACUCUGCUUUCUCCAGGCUGUGUGAGAAGCCGAGCGCCCAGGCCCGGAGACGCCUCCUGUUUUUUCCUGCCAAAAGGACAGAUCCUAUACCGCUGGCCCCAUGGAAUAAUAAUCACCUUCUGCAUUGCUGCCUCACCAGCGCUGGCUGCAGAAAGGGGCGGGCGAUCAGAAAUCCGUCGCGUCCGAAAGCUGUGUGAGCCCAGAGAGAUGCACCAAGAGCCUGGAGAAAACUACCCAGAGCUGGAAAGAUUGUAUUAAAAUAGCAGCUCCUGGCCUGGCUGUAAGUGGAAGGUGGAGGGGGGGGACCCUGUCCCCCAAGGUCCUGGCAUAUGAAGAGUGUCUUCCAGAUCCAGGAGGUUGGAGAAGCCGUUUACGUUGGUUUUAAAUGGAGCCGUGGAUCUGUACUGCAAUUCGUUAUCACGAAGAGGCAAGACGCUGCCUUUUUCUCCGGCUCCCAAGUGUUGCAGCCUCUUCCCUCCCUGGUUGCAUCUUCCUCAUCCUGCUCCCGGCUCUCGGAGUGGACUCAGCCUGGUUUCAAGUGGUUGGCCCUGGCGUCCCUGUGGCUGCCAUGGUGGGCGGGGAAAUUAUGCUUCCCUGUCACCUGUCCACGCCGAUGAGCGCCGCGAGCAUGGAGGUGCUGUGGUACCGCACUCAGCACUCUCCGUUUGUGCACCUGUAUCUGAAUGGGACAGACAACGCCCAUGGCCAGAUGCCAGAGUAUCGUGGGAGGACGGAGCUCUCGAAGGCCGGGAUGGCUAACGGAAGCGUCGCCUUGAGGCUACGUGGCAUCCGCGCCUCUGAUGAAGGACAGUACACGUGCUUUGUGCGGUCGAGUUCCUUUUACGCCGAUGCCACGUUGGAAUUGACAGUUGCAGGUGUGGGCUCUUCCCCUUUCAUCUCUGUUGAGGAUUACCACUUAGGAGGGAUCCGGGUGGUUUGUCGAACAGCAGGUUGGUACCCGGAGCCUGAGAUGCUGUGGAAAGACCCUAGAGGGCAGCUUUUAUUGCCACUCUCCGAAACAAAAUCCAAAGGGGACAGCGGCCUGUUUGAAAUACAAACUUCUAUCAUUGUAAAGAGGAACACGCACCAGAACUUGACAUGUUGUGUACAGAGCCAGCGCCUCAACCAAGAAAAGGAAGCAACGAUCCAUAUAGCAGAUUCCUUUUUCCCAAGGGUCUCUCCUGAAGUGGUAUGUCUGUAUCUGCUCCUGUCGAUUUUGUUCUUCUCUGUACUUGCUCUUUGUGUUCUUAAAAGAAAAGGGAAGCUUGUUCUGGAAAUCGGGUGGAGAAAGGCCCUGGCUCAAGCCGCGAAGGUGACUCUGGAUGCAGAGACGGCGCAUCCCGAACUCGUCGUGCACCAGGAUCGGAAAAGUGUGAGGCUGGGCAGCGAGCGGCAAAAUCUGCCUGACGUCCCCCAGCGGUUUGAUACGUUUCGCUGUGUGCUGGGCCGGGAGGGAUUCACCGCUGGGAGGCAUUACUGGGAGGUGGAGGUGGGCCCCGGGGGGCGCUGGUGGGCCGUGGGGGUGGUCAAAGAAUCGGUGGCAAGGAAGGGCUGGCACAAAUGGACUUCUGCGAUGGGGAUCUGGGCGGUGCAGCACCGGGGGAGCUUUUUACAGGCCUACACCAACCCUGUGACGCGCCUGACGGUGAACGGGAACCCCAGGAAAAUCCGGAUUUCUCUGGACUACGAAGGAGGGCAGGUGGCGUUUUUCAAUGCAGAGAAGAACACGCCCAUCUUCUCCUUCCCCACGGCUUCUUUCCACGGGGAGAAACUCUUCCCCUUCUUCUGGGUUGGGGACACAGGCUCCGAGCUCACAUUAUUCCCCUAAGAAACGUGGCGUCUCCUAGUCUUUUUUGGGCCACCCCGAAGCUGCAUGAGAUUGAUACGAAUGUCAAAGGAUCUGUUCUUGCACCCGUUGGACCGAUGGCAGCGUGCUGAGUUUUGCCCUGCGUCCUGAGUUUACAUCAUUUAACCCACUGGUCGGGGCAUUCCAGGUCAUGCUCUGUACUGAUCCACCGAGGUUGGGAGAUGGUUCUAGCCCCAGCUGUGGAGCUGAAAGACUGUUAGUUCUAGUGGGUCCCCCUUUCUGGACCCUGGAGGGGCAAGGCUGGACCAGCAGUGAUCACACAAUAGGCUGUAGGGUUGGUCUGACAUUUUCUGCCAAA